GCUUAUAAUAUUGCCGUAUUAUUAAACGAACGCAUUGAGGAUCGUGCUUUAUGAAAAACGGCGCAUGAACGAUCGAUAUGCCUAUCUGUCUGUAAACUAUGUAAUCGUUGCGGACUGUACGUGUUUAUGGAUGUUUCGAUGGUUGACAGCUGUCAAUCGUACAUAGGUUGGUAGUGAGUCACCGCAUCGUCAGUGGAACUAGGUGAAGACCGCUUGCAUCGGCAGAGAAACCUAAAAAUUCCAGCACUUGCUUUUUUGGUCUACAAGUUUUGUGCUGGUCCACCACAGGUAUCACGCACCAUCACCUACCCUCUUUUGUUCAGAUGUCCAGGUAUUUUUUCGAUAUAACCGGCAUGGCGUCUAGUUCCGUCAGCCAGGAGGACUUUGACAAUGACUAUGAAUUAACGUCGAGGAGGUCCAGAAUUAGAACAGCGCGGGCAAGGGUUGGUCCACCCAGAGCAGGAGACACCUCUUCAAUAAACUUUCAAAAAAAUGCACCAAAUGUGGAAGAAUCCCAAGGCGUGUGUGAAACAAGCUCAAACAGUGCACCUGGUCACGAGAAUCAACAGAACAAACCAAUAAUGAGGAAACAAGAUAAACGUGUUACUGGCCGUGUCUUUAGUGUCGUAUCCUGUUUGCACAGGCCAACGCACAUAAAUAAGGGCAAGCAGCAACGCGAUAGACGAAAACUUAGGGAAAAGAGACGAAGCACCGGAGUAGUGCAUUUACCGUCGACGGAGAGUACAGGAGGUAGUACAGGAGAAGAUGAAGAAGAGCUUAGUGGCACUUGUCUUGAAACUAAACACAACACAUAUCACAAUGAGUUCCUUGAUCCUGAACUCAUAGAAGAACGGACAGCAAAAAUGUUUACACAAAGGCGGAUCAAAAGGCAUUACCGUACUUCCUACAGGUCAUGUAUAAAUAGGCACAGUUGCCACUCCGAUUUCGAAGCAGAUGACGAAGAAUUUGAUUCAUUGAACCAGUCGGACAGUGUCAACCAGUCGGAUCAUGGUAACCAUGAACCCCAAACAUCGGUGAACACUGGGAACAGGCCCAGAGUGCCUACACCAACAGGAGAUAAUCCCCAUGAGUUAAUAGAACGAGCCCAGGAGGAGAACAGGAGGCUACUGUCGCUUCUCGAGGAUCGAGAUCACAAGAUCAUGGCCUUGGAGGCGCGUUUGUUGCAGCAGCAACACGAAAUGACCCUGGAACGGGAACGACUGCGGGAAGAGAACGCGGCAUUGAUUCGCGCAAUGGCGGCCUUGGCCAGCAAUUAAUUAUUCUCUUUACCCGGGGCAGCCCGACGACGCACCGUCAAUCCUACGGAUCGAUUCUUAGAUAUCGCGGAUCAGCCGUGAAUUAAGCAACAUAUACCAAUAGUUUCCAUUAAUCGUGAAUUUACUUGUUAAUAAAUAGCCGAGACAGGCACAUAGCGAAGCGGCUUUUAAGAUGAUAUGCGAACGCGGAAACAAAAACGACGAUACAAUUCGGAAACGCGAAAGAGAAUCAGGAUAAGUUAACGCUAUAAUAGUACCGUGCUGCAAAUAUUCUUCUGUAUAUCAUGUUUUUUUCGGUAAACAAGCAAUAGAUCUCGUCGCGCGAGCAGAAGAGAAAUAAUCAUAAUUUAUCUGCUUCAUUUAUAGAGCUUUAGUUGAGUGAAUUUUAUUAACGCAGUGGAGAGAGCAAAGAAGAAAAAAGUAUAUAUAUAUAUAAAGUAUAAAUAUCUAAAUAUAUAUAUUGUUUUGCGUCGUCGUAUUGUUGGUAUCUACUCAUGGUCGAUAAGGUGGGGAUAAUUAUGUUUCUCGCGAUGUAACCACGUAAAUGAUAGACGAGGUGCUCCGAGUUUGUUAUGAUAUCGUUGUUAGACCAGCGAUUGAGAAUCAUCGUCGAAUCUAUGCUUGACACGAUCGCAGACCUUUUAAGAACCGGCGUUUUAUACUGUGAAUAUGAUCUACAGUAGCGUGGCGUGCAAAAGUAUCCGUCUAAAAUCAUUUUUCAAUGAAAUCAUUUCCCGUAGCGGUACAGAAUAUUAACGUAUAGAAAAUGCUCCGCAUUAAUAUUACAUACAGGAGAAAUUUCCUACAAAUAUCGUAACGAUAGGACCUAUAGAGUACAUUAAACUGUUUUGUACCCCGUAGAAUUUGCACGUCAUCGCGCAUCGGUGAUGCUCGACCAUUGUCGUGCGGUGUCACUUUUUUUACCCGCGAAGAUGUCCGCUUCGCCUUGUCUAUCUCAUCGGUGUAAGGUUUAAGGAAAACGGCGUAAUACGUUUUGAAAUUAUGGAUUCGUGCGACCCGUUCUUUGCAACAGAGAGGCACAAAAAAAAUAAUUCCGUACCGCAUUUAAUUCGACCGAAAACAAGGGACCGUGAUUUGAGUAGGAAGCGAGGCAAACGAGUUCAGAAGACAAAGCACGAAUCCCCUAUUUACUACUACUUGUAUACCGUUACAACUAGAGCUCCGGACUUGUCCAUUGAAUCUGUCACCGUAAAUGAGUUUAAUUACUUGUGAUCGUUUAAUCGCAGAAGCGGAUACCAUCCGGAGCUUCAGUUACAACCUAUUUUACAGCCAAGCGUGUGUACAGGAUGAUCCAUGUAACGCGACACAGUGUAAGCAGUCGUUGGAAGAUGGAACCCUCUGUGCACAUGCUAGUGCAGGAGACUGAGAAUGCGAGUGCAUUGUGCAUGUGAGCGAGCAUUAUCGAGAGAAAGUAACAGGUCGAAUUUGUAACUUACGUACUUGAUCGUAUGCACAAUCAUAUUUUUAUUUGUCAAGAGGACUGCUCGGAAACGAGGGAACCAUGUGCAGCAGCGGCCAUCUUGGUUCCACCUAAUCGUCGAUUUCAGUUUUCGAAGAAAGCGUGUCGACAGAGAUUGCUCGGUCUAAGAUGAUUGAACCCGACUCCAUCGCAAGAAUUUGGGAAUUUGGAAACUUUAUUAUAUUCGAAAUUCGAUAUUUUCUGUCUAAAUAAACAUGUUCUUAAUAA